AGCUGAAGUGUGUGUCAUGUGUCACAAAACAUAGUGAGCGCGGCCGGUGGCCCGGUGGCGGUGUUUGUUGCCACAUUAAACAUAAUGAUCGCUAGCAUGGCUCAGUGCAUGAACACACAACUCGCUAUCAGGCCGACGACGGGCGCGCGGCGGCAUGCGGCACGGUGAGCCUCGAGAUUACGUGAAAGAAAAUGAUGCCAACGAACGACAUCACACACAGUACGAUUGGUGGGGUCAGUCAGUCAGCCGCGGAGUCGCGAGAGACGCGGGUGUGGCGGUGCGCUUGCGCAACAGAUUCAUAACUCGCCGCGGCGCGUGCCCUUGCGCCGCUAACUUCUUUGUUUACUUGCUUUGUUUGUUUCGGAUGGACUGGCCGAAACUGAUCAGAACACGACUAUUACCUACAACUGAGAUGGUGUGGUCUGCUGCGCGGCCAGUUCACGCGUGUGCGCAUUUUGUUGUUUCGUUUGUGAUAUUUCGGAGAUAAGUAGUGCAGUGUGGUUGCGAUAUGGAGUGGUUUAAGGGCCUGGCGGGGCGGGUGCGGCGGGAGCCUGGCUCAGAAGAGGACGGGCCGGAUUCCAGCUCGCCACUGCUGGAGACAGCCCAAGAGCAGCGUGAGCGCUGGCGCAGCGUGUACGUCAUCUACUUCACAAUGUUCCAGAUGUCGCUGGGCUUCAGUAUCGUGCUAACCGGCGUGUGGCCCUACCUCGACAAGCUGGAGCCGGGCGCGCGGAAGGAGGUGCUGGGGCUGGCAGUGGGCGCGCACCCGCUGGGCCAGCUCGUGUUCUCCCCGCUGCUGGGGCUGUGGGCCAACCGCGCCGGCUCCGCGCGCGCGCCGCUGCUGGCCACACUCGCGCUGUUCGUGCUGGCCAGCGUCCUGUACGCCGAGCUGCACCUAACGCGCCCCUACGCCAAGUACUGGAUGGUCUUUGCCAGAUUCCUGGUCGGCGUCAGCUCAGCUAACAUUGCGGUGGCGCGGUCGUACCUCUCGGCGGCGACGCUGGUGGGCGAGCGCACGCGCGCCGUGGCUGUAGUGUCGCUGGCGCAGGUGCUGGGUUUCGUGGUGGGCCCCGCGCUGCAGGCCGCCGUGGCUCCGCUGGGACCAGGCCAGCCGUACCCUCCGCCCGGAGACUUCUCCUCGCCGCUCCGCCUCGACAUGUACACCGGCGCCGGGUGGAUCAACGCCGCGCUUGGCUUCAUCAAUCUCUUGCUCUUCUUGCCCUGGUGCUUCAAGGAAAGGAAGAUUGCCGCCAGAGAAGCCAUGAUCGCGCAAGGAACAGACAACGAAAAAGAAGCUCUAAAAGCUCUGAAGCCGGACCUGGUGAGCAGCUGGACGCUGGUGGCGGCAUUCUUCGUGCUGGUGUUCAACUUUGUGCUGCUCGAGACCCUGGCCACAGUGCUGACCAUGGACCAGUUCGCCUGGACCAAGCGCCAGGCGCUCGAGUACAUGGGCGCGCUCAUGAGCGCCGGCGCCGUGCUGGCCUGCAUCACCUUCGCACUCAUCGGCCCGCUCACACGGUUCUUUGAAGAGCGCGCGCUGCUACUGUGGGGCGGGUUCUUGCUGACGGGCUUGGCGUCCGUGCUGUGCAUCCCGUGGGGCCCGGCGCCGCCGCCGCUGGCGCCCGCCGACGCCGCGGAGGCGGGCGGCGGCUGCCCGCAGGCCACGCAGCCCUGGUGCGCCACGUCGCGCGGCCUCACCCUGCCGCAGUUCCUGGCGGGCUACGCCUGCGUCUCCGUCGGGUACUCGCUCGGUGUCACGCUCAUCCAGACGAUAUUCUCCAAGGUGCUGGGCCCCAGGCCUCAGGGCGUGUGGCAGGGCGUGCUGACGGGCGCGGGCUGCCUGUCGCGGGCGCUGGGCCCGGUGUUCGUGGCGGCGGUGUACGCGCGCCACGGCCCGGUGGCGACGUUCGGCAGCACGGCGGCGCUGACGCUGGCGGCGCUGGCGGCGCUGCGCGCGGUGUACGGGCGGCUCCGGCCGGCGCCGCUGGGGGCGCCGGGGGCGCCGGGGGCACUGGAGACGCGCGCGGCGGCCGCGGACCACGAGCUGCGCGUGCUCACCCGGGACGAGACGUGACGUCAUCUGUUGCCAUGCCAA